GAUUUGGCCCUCGAAAGCUGUGACUAAUGCUUAUUGCAUGCCAACCAUUCAGCACAACACAACUGUCCACGGAGCCAGGUGAAGAUACAAAUACUCUUCAACAGAAUGAGGAGUGGCAAGUCUACUGUGCAAUGGGGGGGUCCGCUCCUCCUCCUCCUGUCCUGCUAUCUGCUGUGUGUUACUUCUCAGGUGGAUCCACAGCAGCAGCGGCCACCCGUCGUAGAGAGCGCAGCUCACCUAUCGGGCCAUGGCCACGGUCGCCUGGACAAAAACAUGGUCCAGGACAAAGACCACAUCAUGGAGCAUCUGGAGGGAGUGAUAGACAAACCAGAGAAAGACAUGACCCCCCAGGAGCUUCAGCUGCACUAUUUCAAGAUGCACGAUUAUGAUGGAAACAACCUCUUAGACGGGCUGGAGCUGGCCACGGCGAUCACACAUGUACACAGAGAGGAGAGGGGAGAGAACAGCCAGCCAAUGAAAGAGGAGGACCUUAUCGCUCUCAUUGAUGAUGUUCUGAGGGACGAUGACAAAAACAAUGAUGGUUAUAUAGAUUAUGCAGAGUUUGCCAAAUCACUGGAGUAGAGUGUCUUCAUGUUUCUUCACGUGCACAACAACAAGGAAUCUGCAGAGAAGGGAAGGGCCAUUAGUGGGCGUACAUGGAACCAAACUGAGCAGCGGCACCACAUUCUGGAAAAUCAUUACUUAAUCUUUUCUCGCUCGCUCACAGGCGAUCAAUCAGGGUUGUUGGUAAUUGAUGAGAGUUUUUUUUCCUUUCUAAGCUUGUGACACUUCUUUCUUUCCAUGCAAGAAAGCUGGAGCAAAUUUGGUUACGCCAGUAAUUUAAUAAGCAACGAAAAAGGUUGAAAACAAGAUUCCAUUUUAUUCUUUAGUUUGACUCUGAUGUAUGCUUACAAUUCAGACGGACAUUUCUGCAUCUUCUGUCUUUGUAGGUUCCUUGAAAUAAUGCCAUUUUAAAAGGGCCAGUUCACCCAAUAUCACUAACAAACAUUUUUUUUAAACCGUUGUGGUGUCUAGCCACAAAAAUAUACCGUCAGUUCUGUUUGGUGUGGUUUAGAGAGCUCUGACUCCUGUCAAUGGCCAGAUAUAAUAAAGCUCAACAUUUUCUUCGGGGACAGUUUUCUACCAAUGUACUGCUGCCUGUGACAACUGUCCUUAGUGAAGUCUGUGGACUACCCAGAGUAACCUGGACAUUGCUUCGCCUCUAAUGCAUUGAAGUCUCAGCAGCAGAUAUCUCAAAACCUAUUUAAAAACAAAAUAAAUACUAUAAAACUCAUUUUGUAAUGUGGGUGAACUGACCCUUUAUACGUAUGGGAAGUGCUGACAGACUGUCAUCACUUUAAAUGGGGCAGUUUCCAUUUCCAACUGAGCUGUGUAAAUGGUGGAUUUAAACUGACACGCCUACUUACAUUAACUGGCACAGACUUGCUGUUUGAUGUUCAGCGUAUUGGACCAAACGAUUCCUUCAGCGAAUCCAUUUCAUUUGCUCUUUGUGAUGAAGAUGAUGUGACGAACAGGUUGUUCUCAUGACGACAGAAAGUGGCCUUGCUCAGACGUAUAGUCUAUGAUGUAGUGUGUGUAGAGAGUAGAAAACCUUGUUGAACUGAUGAGGUGACUUUUUUUUUUUUUUUUUUUUUUUGGACGGAAGCCCGAGGUUUAAAGCAGAACAACAGAAAACCAAAUGUUGCCAGCAGCAUGGCACGGCGAGGCACAUCAGCACCUCACUUUUUUUAUUGAGGUAGUUUUUGCUGUGGUCUUCAUGAUUCUUACUACAACAGUAUGAGCCAAUCGCCAUUAUCCUCCCUGUAGCCAGUCAGCCAGCGGAUACUUGACAUUAACCUGUUGUCAUAAAGUGAAUGUAAAUCAGCAUCAGACUGUGAGAUGCUGAUUAGUUCAGCAUCUGAUUAUUUAUCACUGGAUAAGCUAGACUUAGAGCACACUGGUUGAUGCUGCUGCCACUGUAGUUUUUUAAAAGCUGACUUAGCUUCAAUGGUUUCCAGAAAAGCACUUGUACACAACUCUUUUGCUUCAGAUAUUAGCUGCCUUUAAAGCAGAUAUGGAUACGACACUGCAGGUCUCUGUGUGUGUCAGCGUUGAUUAUAUCUGUGAUUUCUUGUAAAGUAUGAUUUUCAUAUGAAUGAAUUCUAUAUUUUUGCCACCCAGUAUUGAUUCUUCAAUCACUUCAGAUUGUUGAAUGGAAAUAUUUAAAAAAAAAACAACAAACCAAAACAACUGAAAGCAUAACAGAUGCAACUGUGUUGUCUCUGGAAUGUGAAAUAUUUAAAAAAAAACUACAAUCCAAAGACUCUGUCUUGUAAUGCCUCUUGUUUUCGGGGUGAAUUCUGAUGUAGGAUUAGAUUAAAGUCAUGAAAUCACAUUCAGUAUCAUCAUCUGCAGAUGUUCAUUUAUGAAAUGCAAAGGUUUUCAGACCAUGGAGCUUCACUUGUCAUUACAGGAAAACAAUUAAGAAAUGGUCUGCACAUUGACCAGAUUCCAACAUGUAUUUUGGCUGAAAUGCAGAAAAAACUGUU